AUGGCCUCCGAGGCGGCGGAGGACGUGUGGGGGGACGAGGACUUCCUUAACGCCCUGAUACUGGCCACGGAGAACGCCACCGCUGCUGCGGCUUCUUCGUCCGGCGGGUGCGUCGGCGGCGCGUCCCUCCCCCCUCCUGGAGACCUCGCUCGUCGUGCUCCGGGGGAUGGGGUCCCCGCGUCCUCCAGAAGUCACGCCAUUUCCUCCACCUCUUCUUGGUAUUCUCCAUCCGAGCGGCAAUUGUCCACUUCUCUUCUUCCUCCUCCUCCUCGUCCUGUCCGUGUCGCUUCGAGAGGGCCGCCUCCAGUCUCUCUGGGCUUCAACGGUACCCAGGCCCUCUGGCAGGAGUGGGAUCACCCUUUCGCCGCUGGAAACGUGGCAUUGUUCGAUGACGGCGUCGAUACCCGUGGUUAUGACUUCUCUCCGCCCCGGGAACUCUCCCAAAGGGAGAAGAGGACCGAGUCCGAUUGUGUAGCCGAGGAUUGGAAAGGGAUUAAGUCUGGUAGUCCGAAGAAUGCCGGACGUGACCGCAAUAGCGCCAGGAGAGUUAGAGUGGAGAAGGAGAAAGAUAAAGAGAUAGAGCGGCUGAAGGUGGUUUUUUCUCUGUUUUUUUGAUUGUUAAAACUCUAGGAAAUGCAAAUACUCGAUCCAAUAUUUAGUUUUUAUGUCGUGUUCUCCUUGAUUUAGUGUAAUGAGUGUGAUCAAUCAUUUUUUCAGCCACCGGGCCGGGUUUUCAUUUCUCUGUGCUUGCAUUUUACAGUAGUUAUCAUCUUUUAGGUAGGGCCAGGUCCCUUGGGAAUAUAUGCUACCUGAUAAUACAUGCAUAAGCUGCAUGUCAAAUGGCCUUCUGCAUUUUCUAACUUCUCUUCUUAUCGCAGAGAGAGAUGGAUCAAGUCUUGAAGAAACUUGAUUGCAUGGUACGUCCCUUAUGAUUUGAUCCACCAGUGUUAUGAUGCUAUUGAACAGUCCAUUAUGAUUUCCAUUUUUUUUAACAAGUCUAUCUUUGCAUGUACCUGUGGAGCAUGAUUAAUGAUUACCUGAUUUGAAGUAACUAUCAUGCCUCAGAUGAUAUUGACUUUAGCUUAAUCAUUAUGGUCAUGGAGUUCAAUUCAUGUCUUUAGGCUGAUAACUUAUGCGGCUCUCCUUCAAUUGUUCGACAAGAUAUCAAGCGACAUUUUGCAACUGAAUUGCGUCUUUUCUUUUUAAUUUCUUUUAACUUUCUCAGUUGAUAUAUCUGAACUUCUGUUUGAUUGUUUUUCUUCUUCAGGAACGUGAAUGCCAUAGGCUUCAGGAGGAUAGAGCAAAGAAAGACAAUGAACUUGAAUGUGCUUUCUCAGAGAUUCUAGUGAAAAAUGUUGAGAUUGAAAAUCUGAAGAAAGAAACAUUGUGGGUAGAAAUAUCUUCCUCAUGCUGUUUCAAAGGAUAUAACAUCAUUGAAAUUAAUGUUUCUUAGAGACGGAAACAUAUAGAAGUCCGAAAAUGAUAAUAAGAUUCUAAUGAAAUUCUUUGUUUGCCAGUCUCUCUUUUCGUAAUCCAACUUUCACAUUCUCCCCCUUUCGUUUAAUAUAUACUUAAUACCUUGUGUGAACUUCCUCCUUGUUCGAUUCAUUACAAGAUUCUUUUCUUCUCAAACGGAAUUGAAGCACGAUUACUUUCAUUUAAAUUGUUUGGUUUUCAAUGGGAUUUAAGGUUUUUACAAUCUUUUCUUUCAUAUUUCUUAACUAGUUCCUUCAGAUCUUUAUGUCUUCCUCAGAUCAGGUGUUCCCUACCCCGAAUGCUCACAAGUAUCUGGUCUUGUUUCUCAUAAAUGACAUGUGGCUUUGCUACCUUGAAGAAAAACAUUCAUUGGGUAGAAAUGAAUCUUAGAUACUAAUUGCUAGAUUCUAAUGUGGUAGAAAUAAAACCUCCUGCUAAAUAAUGAGUUCACAAUAUGAACCCAUAUUUUAUGAUGAGUUCAGAAUGCAAACCCAUAUUUUCACCAAUGAUUCAGGAACGAUAAAACUGUGGCUUAUUGAAUACGCAUAUAUAGCAGUCUUCAUAAUGUGAGCACAGGACAUCCUUUUUGUACUUCUGAUUCCCGCAUUUUCCAUCUGUUUGUAUCCCUUGUUUCAUUUAUCCUUUCACCAUAGCUGCUGCCUAACAAUAAUUGGUGGUAACAGUAGCAGCUGACGUUUUAGCCAUACAAGAACCAGUAGUUCCUUGGUGAAAUUGCUGAACCCUCGGAAUAGAUUCUGAUAUCAGAAUCUGCAACCAAUAACCUCCGAAAAACUCUGAUAAACUGAUGUCAGUACUUUUAAAAGUUUGACUGUUGGAAUUUUCGGAAAUCAAGGCAGAACUUUUUGAAAUUAUCUUUUCUCACUUUUUUUAAAGUGUAUGUUGCCAUUGACGAUGGGAUCGUGCAAAAUUUUCAAUGGCAGGUUACCUUCAAAACAAAACCAUCCAGAGGUUCCUGUUGCAGAAAAGAAAUUAUCUGACGUAUCUGAUGAACCAGUUGCACCCUUAAGUGAGCCUUCUGAGGAGUUAUGUUUCUCAGCAAGUUAUGUUAAGAAAAGGAAAAGCAUUCAGUCUGACAAACCUUCUGCGGUUUCUGAACUGAAAGGCUGCAUCGUGAAUCAUGGUAAUGAUUUGAUUAUUUUUACUUUUUCAUUAAUGAUCUCUGUCAUUCCAUCUUCCUUCUCUUGAUGUCGAUUUCCAUGUGUAGGUAUAUUGACUUCAAAUGGAUGUUUUAUUCAGGUAAAUUAUUCUUUAAAUGUGUCACAUGUUCUCCUCUGACUUUUCUCAGUUUCACUUUACAACCCAGAGGUUCCUGUCACCUGUUCUCCUCAAAUAACUGUCUGUAUAAUAGCGAUCGUAUGAUGAUAUCUUGCCUCUUUUCUGUAAUGUGGAUGACAUAAAAUGGUAUCACUUGUCAUCGCUAGUAUGCAUUUUGCUAUUGGAACACCUUUCAGUUAUGUUUGUCUUUGUUUGAUGCAAAUUAAUUGAUGCCUUUCUGUGCACAGGGUGGAUGCCAUCCUAAAGAAAGUACUCAACUUCAUCAUACCAAAGCCAUUGGAGUCCAAACAGACGCUUCUAAUCCUGCAGUAGGUGAAUGGUCACCCAUUCAUAAUAUUUCAAGCAAAUUGGUGUCAAUUUGGGGUCCUACAACUGAGGGAAAAUUAGGACGACAUUUUAUCUCCAGAUUACUUGAGUGUUGCUCGGCAGAUCUCUGCACUCUCUUCAGGUUCACAGGUGUACCAUCCAAUUUAAAAAUGGACUUUAUGACUAAUGAAAAGUUCACGGAUGUUGGCUUGGAUGAUCUCAAACACUCUAUUCAAUCAGCUGAGGCUCACAAAGUAUCUCAUUUGUACUCUAUAAUGAUGAAGGUACUGACAUAUGGAAUUAUAUGUAGUUGGGACUGUUUCUUGUACAUUAUCUUUAUAACUUUAUAAGUAAUCUGUAUGUGAAAAUUUAAUGUUUGUCGAUUCUUGCCUUGAUAGUUAAGAACAAGCUUUAUCAGUUUGAUAAUGAAGUCUGACAGUUGCUUCACAUGUUGGUUGGGACAUGCACUGACUUACUGAGACCUACUUACGUCUGAGGCGUGACUAAAAUUUUCCAUGUUGGUUACUGAAUUCUUGGAAUAUCUCCAGUACCUUUGAAACCGUUCUGGUUGGAUCUAUGAGAAUCUUCCACACCAUUUGUGGAACUUUGUCUAACAGCAUGAGCUAAAGAGAGCACAUACGGUUCAUAUGGUCUUCUUCGUUUGACAACUAAAUUUAUUUUUCUAAAUCAAUCACAAAUUCUAGUUUUGUUCCUCCUUUGGGGGGGAAUAGUUGACAACUUGUGGCUGCCGAAUGAGGGGAAUCUUUCUCUGCUGUCCUCUUCAAACAGAAGAUUUAGUUCGGAAGUUACUGGAAAAUUUGGGAUUUCUUCUUUGCCAUAUAAACAUUAAGUGAAAAGAAAAAAUUACAAUGUUAUUUCACAAUGUGGGUGACGUUAGUGGAACAUUUAUUGUAAUGCUGAAUUACUGGUUUACUAGCUUCCUUCAAUCCACUUGAUAGCAGUCAUUUUCUUCAUGGGGAUGAAACAUGUUGGUGGAUCAGGCAAUGGGUUGGGAACAUCGGACAUGAGACAGUUAUUCAUCUGGAUCGUUUUGGUAUUAAAGAUGGUCAAGCAACCGGGGAAAGGGUACCCUGUACUGCCUCUGUGGGCAACACGAGAGAUUGUAUGGCAAAGAUUGUGAAUCACGAGAGAUUGUGAAUUGAAAUGGUUAUGAUGGUCGUUGGUAGAAAAUUACCUUUGUCUUGUAAAGAGGUUGCUGAAUUUUUACUAUGUUUUGUACUCGAAACCUCUGUACAUUCAUGACUGUCGUGGGUUAAACUUACCUCUGACAUUGCGAACAUUAGGUUGCCACCGUCAUGCUUGGUACAUAUACAAUUUGGUGGGAGUAUCAUUGGAUCUAUUUUUCCUUCCAAGAAACCAGCAUAGAGAUAAUUUCUGACGUACAUCUAAGCAAUCUUCAGUGUUGCCUCUUUUAUAUGAACAGGGUCAUAGAAAUUAAGAGUGAUUUCAUGGUUCUUGUGAAAGAUGUUAAAGAAAUAUCCAUCCAUCAGGCAGUAUGAUUUUUCAUUUGAAGAAAGGAACCACUGGAGAUGCCCAAUAUUUCCUACUUAUGUGGAGAUUCAGGUGAAAAAGAGGCUCCUGUUGUUUCCGUUGAUGCUUCCUUAGAGGCCAUCAACCACACCUUCUCUUGUAUGGAAUUGCUUAGAUGUAGUGUUGCAGACAUUUAUCUUCAAUCCGUGGGACCCUCUGAGGCGGGAAUUUCAUUAAAAAUCUGGUAAUUUACUGCAACAAGGUCAUUUUACAAGCUGUGCUAUCCGGAGUUUUAGGAACAUGAGGAGAUUAUAGAGAAUUUCCAGGCAUAUUCCUUGCCAAUUUUCAUAGAUACCGAGAUCUAUUGCUUGGAGUGUUGCAGAAAAUCUACGUGGUUACAAAUAUCUCCUCUGAUUUAGGAUUUCAACAAGGCGACGUUUUUUUUAUCUACUUUAAACCUCUGUAGCAGAUUGUUAAGUUCUGACUUAGGCUGUUUUCUUAUUCCUCGAGUUUGUGUCUUAUUUUUCAACAUAUGAGAACCUCUUUCUAUUCAAUACAGCAAGGAAUUAUCUGGAUCGAGUGGUUUAUAUCACCUUAAAAAAAUCUUGAUUGAGUCAUAAUUUUCCUUAUCAGCUGAAAUUUAAAAUAAAUAAAUAAUUGUUGAUUAACCUGCGAUAAUCUGAAAUUAUUGAAUUGAUACAUGGGUUUACUUAUUUUGUUUCCCCUCUUAGUUGCUCUAUAUGAUUAUUAUUUUUUGUACUAUUUUGUUGCUAGUAUUGACAUGGUGUGACAUUUCUUUUCUUUGAAUUAGAUGAGGAAUGAGAUGGCCCAACUAGAUGAUCUGCUUGAGGUACUGACUGAGCUCUGUGUCCUUGGAAAUGUAAGUAACCGCUGUUGAAUUGAUUCUACUUUAAACUAUUAAAUUUGUGUAGGAUCAUUAGCUAAGGUGGCUAGGAAGCCUAGUGUAUCCUGUAGUGAACUUGAAUGUUAUCAUGAUUUGACUCAUCUAGUCUAUUCCAUAUGAUCUCAAGAGUCUUGACUGAUUGGCAUAUCAGUUCUUUUGCAGAUUUUUCUUUAUGAAGCUAGUUGGCGGUUCACAAGUAAUUUUAUGUUUCUACCAUCGAUUAUAGGACGAGAUUACCAUUCUUACAGACGGAGUUAUUACUUGCAUAUUAUUAUACACGUGAAAUCACUUGAAUGUACAUACUUCAACAUACAUCUGUGGUGCACAUGUAACAUGUCUCUUAGCAUGCAGAGCAGGCAAUGUUGUUCUCCAUUAAACUUUGGUACCGGACUGCUUAGUACGAGUUGCACGGGGAUUAUUCAUUUAAUCUAGUCAAUGGGUUAACACUUGAAGAGUUGCUAUCAUAUGAGUUCCAUUGUCUAAAUGCAUUGUUCGUUCAUGUCCCCUAGAUUAUUUAAUCUUAUGUCCCCUAGAAAAUAUCACUUUUGAUUGUGGGCACCGUUCAAUACCCUGGGCUUUUCACAUAAAAGUAAACUUAAGAGGUCAUUGUUGAAUCUCUAUUUAGCUUUAUGAAGUUUGGUAGUAGUUUCCUUGGUUUUUGGUUGAAUAUGGAUCCAACAAUAUUCUGACUCUUUGUAAUGCCUCUGUUUUUUUUUCAGGUUAUAAUUGUGUAUAGAUCUUUGCGCAUACUUCAUGCAGUUUUACGGAUCAUUUGUUUCAAGCAAUUCUGCCAAAGGUUUUUAAAUUUUCUACAAGUAUUGAAAUAAAUGUCUUUAUUUCUAAUCCAAUUCAAUCCAAUAUUUGUGUAUCAUGGUACGUUUAAGUCGUUUAUCAUUUCUCAUAUAUAAAUGCAUCUGUGGGGGUUUUCUCUUAUCAUAAAUUCUAUGUAGAAUAUCCCCCACCCCUCCACAUACACUUUUAAGAUCUGUAAUGUCGGAUUAUUUAAAAUUUAAAAUUUCAUUGAAAUCUCGAUUGAUUUCUUUUGCUAAGAUGAUGGUUGUGGCAUCCUUUUGAAGUCUAGUCAUGACUAUUUACUAAAACUCUACAGAAGUAAUCAUCUCAGUACCGAUGCAGAAUCCAACUCCAAUAUACUCAUUCGGUACAAUGUGUUUACAAUUAAUUACAGCAUGUUGGCAAAAACCCAUGGUGCCUGGAUCUUCUCUUGAGAAAUAGAGUGAAAGAACUGUUUGUAUCAUCCAAGCUUUCUUAUGAAAGUGCAUGGAAAAGAAAGUUUAUUUCAGUCUUUUACAUCAAUAAGGGUAAACAAAUUCCCUUUUAAACUGCUUCAAAAAUUGUGGAAAAAUCACACCUUAAAAGUACUUUCGGAUCUUAAGUAAGUGCGGGAUAUAUUUGUGUACCUGAUCUGUGUCUGUGUUUCUUUUCUUUCCUCCUUUUUCUGUCAGGGGAGGGGGGGUUACUAUGUACUCUAUCUUUUUAUGUUUGUGCUUAUGUACUUCAAUUGAUUUUCCAGUGUACUCUGCUCAGGGAUAAUAUUAUGAUCACUCCAUCGUCUGAGGACAGUUUGCUAGAAGCAGAGGGAGAAGCUGGUGUGGUUGGAAGUGGAUGUGAUACAGGCCAAACUUCAGUUUCGUUGCCAUCAAGAUCAUUUAGUCUGCAAAAUCCUUGGAACUAUAGACACGGGAUUUCUAGGAGUUCAUCUCUUUCUUUGAAUCGUCAGAUUUCACUUUACAAGAGCAUGCAUGAAAUUAUUGUGAGCAAUACAAAAACCAAUGUACUGGUUGAAGCAAUUUCUAUUAUGAACUUAAUUCUGCAGAGAAGCCACCCCAUUUUGGAGAGAGAAAAGUAUGAUAUCUUCGUCUCUUCUUCCAUGCCUUUUUUCUAUUUUAUCCUUAUCUUUAAAUUUUUUGGGUAUAUUCUUUGAUACAGGUUGGGGUUGAUACCAUCAUUUGCAAGCGUCUCGCAUCUGUUAUGCAGGGAAGUUGACCUAUGUGCAAAAAGGCAAGCUGUAAAGCUUCUAUUCCUGCUCUUAAAUUGUAGGUCCCUAUCUUACAUUACUGUAUGAUUCCUUGAUCCUUGUAGAUAUGGAAUGUAGUUAUGCUCAUUGUGUAUCUUUGGAUUGCCGAAAGGAAGUUGAUUGUCAGAAAGACUGUUUGAUCUUUGCGUAACUAGUCCAACACUGGCCAUUAUGUUCUUGCGUAACUAGUUCAAAACUGUCUCUUGAAACAUAAAUUUUGGCUUAAUAAAUAAAGGACUAGUAUCGACAUGCCGUAUCUAGGACUUAUUCUGUCUAUUUAAACUCUUAGUAAUUACAUUCACGAGAUGAUGCUGGUUAUUUCUUACAUGAAGAGUACUUUUUGCAAGAGAAAUCUCAAAUCUCCGCUCAUAGUCUUAUUUAAUGAUUUGUAGGCCCAAAGCACUUGAAGGUAUUCUGCAAUGGUGGCAAUGAGCUCAACGAAUCGGCCGAUGGAGAUGAUGAAGCUUCAAGAUUACAUCAAUCAAUGAGCAGUGCCCUUAGGGGCUUGGCAGACUGUAUAGAUCACAGAGGGAAUAGUCCUCAGGUAUGGAAGAAUUGGUAGAUCUGGCUGCCAGUGAUCUCGACUUCAUAGUUUGCAAUCUUACCUCAAUUUCAGAAUUCGUUGCUCAAAUUAUUUUCCCUUUUGAAUACUUCUAGCUAUGACGAUAUCAGUCUUUCCAGAACAAGCAGAUGACUUUCAUCAUUUGCUUAAUAUUUUUUAAUUCAUGAUUUCCCUUUCUUUUAGGAUCUGAUUCUCUGCCGAGAGGUGGUUAUCUUGUUGGCAUUUCUCGCAUCCUCUGGAAAAUCUGGGUUUGACAUACUUUUGAAUCCAAUUACGAAAAGGGGGAACUUUCUUAGAUUGAUAAUUGAGGUUUUGGCAUCUCAGAUGGAAAUAGCUGGUUGUUGUGAAUCACAAGAUCUCCACAAGGAAAGGUAAGCUAAACUGAUUUCUGAUUUUUCUUCUCAAGGUUUCGCUUCUUGACCUUCAUCUAGGCGGUCUUGAUUCUGCUAUCAAUAUCGGUGUCAUGUUUCCCUUGUGUUCGCGCAAUUAAACCUGAAUCUUAUUCUCUACCUCUACCUUUUCUAUCCAUUCAUCUUUGUCUAUAUUAUGCGCGGUGCAAAUUUUCGACUGUGGAGUUUGAUAAGAACAAGGGGUUGUUGGAACAACCCUGUUGAAAUAAAUUAGUUCCCUGCUUGAAUAUCUGAAAUAUAAUGUUGAAAAAAUAGAUGGCAGCAUAGGCAUAAGUGUGGGAUCGUUAGAUAGUAUGGGAUCUAGUAUUAUGAAAUUGAAGUUUCUGUAAAGGAGAAUCAGGAUCUUACACACUGGGUAGGAUCUACUUGUAGGAUUCCCCCCCUUCCCCCUCUCUCUCUCUCUCUCUCUCUCUCUCCAUCACUUAAAAGGAAAGGAAAAUUACUAUUGAUUUGAUUUAUUUUUUCUUAAAAUCCUGUAUGGACGAGAAUCAUGCAACACCAAUAUUCAUGUAUGGUAGAACUUGGAUCUAAUCCCCUCUUUUCCUCUCCUGUAUGUACCUCGAUAUCAUCAAUGCAAAAUCUUUUCCAUUGACCUGCUGAUGAAUGUCAGGGAAGCUCUAAAAAUUUCUGCAGAAUCAUGCCAUUGUUUCCAUUUGAUUACAUGGCUCUCGGAAAUUAGAACGAUGAUAUGAACUAUAUAUAUAUAUAUAUAUAUUUAUUAUUAUUAUUAUCUUCCCCUUGAUAGAUGGUGGCCUAUUAUGUUUCUUGGAAAUCUAAACGAAUAAUCACGUCCUAAUCUCUUACCUCUCAGCAGAGCUGCAUUGAUCAGGGAGGCACUUAUUCUUUUGAACCGGUUGUCAUCAAAUAACGCGUAUUCAAAACCCACGCUGGGUGUGCUAACACAGAGUACCGCCAUGGCAACCAUGACCAUGGACGUUGUGACCAGAAUGUGCCAUGAGAUGAACGGCUGCCCUGCACACGACAGCACAAAGAAGCCACCGAUGGAGGCAGAGAUUGCCGAUCUCGCUCGGUUGUUCAGGACCAGAGUGUUAUCAUUCCUGGGUGAAGAAGACUCCUCUUAA